UCAAGAGCAGUAUUGAAUAAAAUAACAGAGAUCAGGCUAUCAUAAUUUCAAAGCCCUUAUCAAAAGACUUCAAAUGUGUUUAACCGUCGCCGUUUUUACGAUUUAAAAUGAAUGAAGGCGAAUGGUUGGUCUGCUGAUUGGCAUGGCAUUCAUUCUAAAGCAACAAAAUAACGAGUUGCAGUUCAGGCUUGAUGAGAGAACAGCACACAGCAGUCUGGAUCUCUUCAAGAAAGACACUGGUGUCAUCUACCGGAUGCUGGGCCUGGACCCCAGUCACGUUCAAGACAACCCGGAACGUUUCCGGGACUGGGCAGUCGUGUUUGGCAGCGAGAAGAUCACUGAUGGACGCCAUUACUGGGAAGUGACUGUCAAAAAGUCUCAAGAGUUUCGUCUGGGGGUGGCUGAGGCACUGAUGUCGCGAGACGACUGUGUUGGCACCAACAACUCCUCCUGGGUGUUUGGCUAUGCCCAGCGCAGAUGGUUCGCCAUGACCAGCAACAAGAUGGUUCCAGUGGCACUGGUUGGCAAGCCAGACCGUGUAGGUAUCCUGCUGGACUACGAGGCUGGCCUGCUAGGAUUGGUGGACAUACAGAAAUCCAAGAUCAUACACACCAUCAAGACCCAGUUCAGGGGACCUCUCUGCCCAGCAUUUGGGCUUUGGGAUGGGGAGCUGCUCACACACUCUGGCUUGGAGGAGCCUGAGAGUUUUCAGUAAGGCAUGUGGGAGCAAAAGAGAUGUUGAUGAUGAUGAUAGAUAUUGAUUGCUGAAAGCGGCCAUGAGCUUGGGUAUGCAUUAAACAGGGCACAUUGACAGUACUUAACAGUAUCUUUCAAAUCGAUGAGGAUAAGAAAGCAAUGUUCUUUGAAAAUUGAACUAAUGUCUAUUUACUGGUGUGCAAGGUAUGGGUCUAUUAUCCAUGGUCCAGCUGGUCCAUCACUACGACGCUUAUCAAUGCAAGUUCAUUCAAUAUGUAUGUCACACAACCUCAGGCAAUGUAUCACAAAGCUCUUUUUUGUAUGUACUUCUUGUAUUAUUAAACUAAUGUGACAAACAUGUUUAUAGUCUUUAAAAGGAGACGAUAAACUGGCAAGUUUUUGCCUUUGCUUUAAGUUUUGGCAAAAUGCAUAUGGUCUUCAUGUUUUAAAUGGAAACGGCCUUCUUUGACCUUCGUGUUCAUACUGUAAAUUGUUUAAUAAAAAGCU